AUGGUUUGCUCUAAAAUAAUUGACAAUUUACUGUCUUUAUUUAUUUCACUAUGUCUUUCUUCCUUUUUCUUCUCUUUCAUUCUUUGCUUCUUUCUUUCUUUCAUUCAUUCAUUCAUUCUAUCUUUCAUUAUUUCAUUCAUUCUUUCUUUCAUUUUUCAUUCAUUCAUUAAUUCUUUCUUUAUUUCAAUCUAUCGUUCCUUCUUUCAUUCAUUCUUUCUUUCAUUAUUACUUUCUUUCAUUCAUUCGUUUUUCAUUCUUUCUUUAACUCUUUCUCUCAUUCUGUCUUUCUUUCAUUUAUUCAUUCAUUCUUUCUUUCUUUCAUUCUUUCAUUCAUUGUUUCUUUCAUUUUUUCUUUCAUUCAUUCUUUCAUUGUUUAUUUCGGUCUAUCAUUCUUUCUUUCUUUCAUUCUUACUUUCAUCAUUUCCUUUUUUCAUUAAUUCAUUCAUUCUUUCUUUCUUUCUAUCUUUCUUUUAUUCUCUCAUUCGUUCAUUUAUUCAGUCUUCUUUCCUUCUUUCUUUUUUUCUUUCCUUCAUUCAUUCAUUAUAUCUUUCAUUCUUUCAUUCAUUAAUUCAUUCUUUCUUUCUUUCUUCUUUCUUUCAUUCUUAUUUUAUUUCAUUCAUUCUUUUAUUCAUUCAUUCAUCAUCUAUUUACUUAUUUCGUUGUUUUUACUUUCUUCUUUCCCGAAAUUUCCUUUAUCGCGUUUUUCUUCUCACACUAUACUCUUUCUCACUUUCUUUCUUUUUAUCUCUCUCUUGCUACCUUCCUCUCUCUAAUUCUCUCCCUCUCACUCUAUCUUUCUUUAUCUCUUUCUUUUUAUCCCUGUCUUUAUCUCUCUCAAUCUGUCUUUAUUUUUCUCUUUUUGUCUCUAUUUUACUCUGUCUUUAUCUCUUUCUUUAUUUAUAUUCCUCUCUCUAUCUCUUUCUUUAUUCCUCUAUCGUUAUCUCUCUCUUUUUUAUCUCUCUUUUUUCACCCCUCUCUUUAUCUCUCUUUCUUUAUUUUCUCUCUUUAUCUCACCCCUUUUCUCUUUCGCUUUCUUUAUCUCUUACUUUAUAUUUCUCUACUUAUCUCUUGCUCUCUAUCUUUAUCUCGCUAUUUAUUUCUUUCUCUCUCUCUCUUUUCCUCUCUUUAUUGAUAUCUCUUUAUCUCUCUCAUAAUAUUUCUCUAUUUAUCUCUUUCAAUAUCUCUUUAUCUGUAUCUCUCUCUUUCUCUUUCUCUCUCAUUAUAUUACUCUCUUUAUCUCUCUCAUUAUAUUUCUCUCUUUAUCUCUUUCUAUAUCUCUUUAUCUGUAUCUCUCUCUUUCUCUUUCUCUUCUCUCUUUCUUUAUCUUUAUCUCUCUCUUUCUCUUUAUCUCUCUUUAUCAUUCUCUAUUUAUCACUUUUCUUUUCAUUUCUUUUCCUCGUAUGUUUCUGCAAUGCUUUUUUUUCUUUCUCUCUUUCCCAGUCGGGCGUUAGUGAGAAGUUAAACACCUUCACACUCUCAAACCGUCCCCACCCAACGCCUCUCCUGACCCCACCCAUGCCCAUCUGCCUGCAACUACUUCUUUUCUUCAUACCAGUCGGAGCUUUUUCUUAG